AUGGAACUCAACAGAUACACGGCCCUGACCAAGGGCCAGGCGGAGGCGGAGUGCCAGAAUUGCUUCCAGACAGGCCACUGGACUUACCAAUGCCGAAACGAAAAGGUAUAUUUGACGCGUCCCACGCGCACCCAAAUGCUCAGGAACCCUAAACUGAGGCCAACACCCUUUACGGACGAGGACGUGCCUGAAAUUCCGCUAAUCACUGAUGGAGAUUUUUCUCGUGACCCCCGUCUUGUAGAGCAGCUUCUUGCUCAAGUGAAGACAGGCAUGAGCUCCUCUUCAUCGUCUUCUUCUUCCUCUUCUUCCUCCUCUUCUUCCUCUUCUUCGUCUUCGUCCUCAUCGUCCUCUUCCUCUUCUUCUUCGGACUCGAGCAGUUCUUCUGACGAGAGCAGCAGCGACGAGGAGCGACGAGAGAAGAAGGUCAAGAAGGCGCGAGUGAAGAAGGAGAGAAAGGAGCGCCUUGUGAAGGACGAGGCGGCGAGCGAAGACGACGAGAAGGACAGUCGUGCGGGGAAGGGCAAGAACCGGCGCGAAAAGGCUCCGAUGAAGCUCAAGCACGAAGCAGCUGAUGCGCUGGAGGAACGUGCCGGCGGCGGCGAGAGCGAAGACGAGUUACGGCGUGAGAGGGAACGUGCAAAAAAGCGCUCGAGCGACAGAAAGGCCAGAGAGGGCAAUUCCGAACGACACGAAAGAAACCGGAGAGGCGGGCACGGAAUUGACGGCGGCAAAGAACGCAGGAGAGGAAGCGGCAGUACAGAGGAGGGAGAGCGACGCAGAGACUUGAAGGAAGCUUUGAGAAGGACUGAAGCCUUUGACGAGGACGACAGAGAACGGAAACGCCAGCGGCACCUCUCGCCCGCCCUGAGAGAGGAACGAAGAGCCGCCAAAAAAGAGGAAGUAAGACGCGCGAGGGACGCUCGCACCGACGGCGGCGCCGGCGAUGAGCGCGAUGGAAGACGAGAGAGGCGAUAUUACCGCGAUGGAGAGAGAGAGCGCGACGGGUCGUUAGACGCCAGACAGAGAAGAGAGGAAGAAAGAAGGCCACGGCACGGUGAAGAAAGGCCGCGGCGCGAUGAAGAUAGGUCGCGGCGCGAUGAAGAAAGGUCACGGCGCGAUGAAGAAAGGCCGCGGCGCGAUGAAGAGAGAAGAUCACGGAGAGAUGAAAGAGCCGAGGCCGUCACCCGCAGCACGCGGGAGGAAGGGGAGGCUGAAGAUCGCUAUGAACGUCGCAGACCGCGUUUUGACAGAGGCACGAGUGAGGACAGCGAGGAUCGUCGCACGCUUGAGGCUCAUGCAGAAUCACGCGUAAGGCACGACGACGACGAGAGAUGCCGAGACAAGGAAAGGAGGCGAAGUCGAGAACGGAGAGAGGACGAUGGCCGAAGACAGAGAUACAGAGAGAGGUCUCGAAGCUACAGCUGA